UUCAGCAGCUCUCGCUCAGUGGGAAUCAUCGAGGAAAACUGUGCCUCUCAUCCUGUGGACCGCUGACUGAGCCCCAGGCUAAAAGUCUGACCAUCUUCUGAAGUCCCAGUUGCUGGUCCUAAUAGUUGUGGCGUCUCCCAGUGGUAACCAUGACAACUACAGAGCGACCUAGCGGCCUCCACCAUCGAAACAUCAAGUCCUGUCAGUCAGAUGACAGUUCCAGCCUCGAUGGAGACCAUGCUAAUGUGCAAGAAGAAGAUCUGAGGCAAUGGAAAAACUAUGCACAGAGGGUGAAGGAGAGAGUACUGGAGCAGGUCCAGGGUCAACUCGGUGAAAUCAUAGACAGAGCUCUUAUUGAUUCCGUCCAGCCGCCCAACCACAGCCAGCCACCAGUUAAUGGAAAGAAAACAAAACAACACUCGUCGGGCUAUCAGAGAAAGGAGGAUGGCAAAGUAUUUGUGGCCAGGGCAUCGCUGUUGGACGACCUGUUUGAGAUCAACCACAUCCGAACCAUCUACCACAUGUUCAUAGCUGUACUCAUCAUCUUCUUUUUAAGCACACUGACUGUUGACUACAUCGAUCAGGGCAGGUUGGUCUUGGAGUUCGACCUGUUAUUCUUUGCCUUUGGGAAGCUGGGAACGGUCACCUGGGCCUGGAUUAUUAUGUUUGUUUACACCCUGUGCGUUCCCUACUACACUCUGGUGCUUUGGGGUUCUUUGUACCACAACUUCCCUUCCAAGUUGGGCCUGUCUCUAGGGACAGGGUUGCUCCUCUCUGCCAUUCAGACCUGCGUGCUUGGACUGUUCCCAGUUUAUGUGGUCAUCCACUACCAGCUACCUCCUGCCUCACGCUUCAUUGUGAUACUGGAGCAGAUUCGAUUCCUGAUGAAAACCUACUCAUUCAUAAGAGAAACGACUCCUGUUAUUAUGAAGAAUACACCAAAGGAAGGAGAAAGUCCAAGGUUCCCAACAUUUUCUAGCUAUUUGUACUUCCUCUUCUGUCCAACGCUCAUCUACAGAGAAUCAUAUCCUCGAAAUAGCCACAUACGAUGGAAAUAUGUUGGUAUUACUGUUCUCAUGCUGUUUGGAUGCCUUUUUUACGGCUACUUUAUCCUGGUGCGUCUUUGUAUUCCCGUCUUCAGACCCGAGACCAACCAGACUUUUAGUAAACGAAAAAUGGUUCUGGCCGUGUUCCACUCUGUCCUUCCAGGUAUAAUGCUCCUUCUGCUGUGUUUCUUUGCCUUCCUGCACUGCUGGCUCAACCUCUUCGGGGAGCUGCUGCGUUUUGCUGACAGGAUGUUCUACAAGGACUGGUGGAACUCUACGUCUUUUGCCAACUACUAUCGUACCUGGAACGUAGUGGUUCACGACUGGCUGUAUUACUAUGGAUACAAAGACAUCCUCUGGCUGUCAAAAAGGAAAUUCCGAACAGCUGCCAUGCUCUCCGUUUUCAUCGUCUCUGCUGUCGUCCAUGAGUACGCUUUAGGCAUGGGAUUUGGCUUCUUCUAUCCCGUCAUGUUCAUUCUCUUUGCAGUCUUUGGAGUGGUGUUCAACUUUACCUUGAAUGACAAGCGACAGAGUCCCGUGUUCAACAUCAUUAUGUGGAUGUGUCUCCUCCUCGGUCAAGGUGUCCAGGUGUGUCUGUACUGCCAGGAGUGGUACGCCCAGAUACACUGCCCACGGAUGGGGGAUAGUCUGUGGGAGCUGCUGUGGCCUCGAUCUUGGGCCUGCAGCUACAAGAGAUGAAGCUGCUUUUCCUCCUGGGCUGGAUGAAUUAAUGAUGCACGUUUGAAAUUCAAGGUGGAGCUCUGAACUGAUUGAACAUCGGAGAGAGCAAUGAGGGACAGCGGCUUGAAAAGGCUUGUAAAUAAGAUUUCUGUGUACAGAAGUUUUAUCAUGGUCAAGAUGUGAUCAUCACUUUUAUUCAGUUGUGAUGUUGUCCAUAUGUCACUGAAUUAUUUCAGGUUUUUAUUUACACUAGUGUUAUUAUUUAGUUGUUAAUAUUUCUGGCUUUGUGAAACUUUUUUUCUCUGUGUAACAGAGUUUUUAUCAUGUGAUAGAAUAUCAUACAUUAAUUAUUAAGUGCAGCGUUUCGUGAAAUUACGUUAUUUUCACCAUUCUGUUUGCGUACAGAUCAAGCAAUCAUGAUACAACAUGCUGUUUUCGGGAGCUUUAGACGAGCCAGGGGUUUUCACCCACAGAUGGAGCAAAUCCAGCUGUUUCCUCAUUUCAAUUGUUUUUUAUUUCUAUGCAAAACUAGGUUGGUCAUGUCCAUAAUAAUAUACAGGGCGAAAAUAUGUACCGUAUGUAAGCUAUAGAAGAUCUUAAUUUAUAACCCUAAACUCUCUAAAUGUAAUAAUUGUAAUUGUUAAAUAUAUUUAAAUGUAAUACAAAGCCUCGAUGGCCUCAGACCAAAGACCAAUUUUAUUGUAGAUAAGAUGUUUAAUUGCAUUUUUAUUUCUAACGUAUUUAUAUUAAACCCAGCCAUGGCUAUAACCUGAAAUGAGAGCAUUAGCGUCUUAAAGAUUUGUAUGUAAGAUUGACAGGUCAAAUGAGGGACAACUUUAAAUCAAGCCUGACAUGCUGGGUGAGUUGCAUGUUUAAUUCUGCCUCGGUUGACAUGUAGCUGGCAGGGAUUGGUCAGUAUAGUAGGUAUGUUGCACCAAUCAACUACAGGCUGUACGGUGUCUUAUCAGUAGGCCACAAAGCCUCUGUGUCUGCCUGCAAUGUCAUACAGGAAGGAGAGGAUUAAGGCUGGUACAGUGUUUGCAUUAGUGAUGUAAUGCUCUGUAAACUGAUAUACUGUAAUGCCAUGGGAGCUCAGAGAGGCAGUUUUUGAGGCAGCAUCAGAACAGGAAUUGCAUACAUUUUUUCUCUACAUUUGAUGCAGUAAAUAAAAUCCAUCUGUUUCUUGUA